CUGAGGUGUGUAGAACUCAAGUCUCCCGUUUCCAUCGUAUCCAGGGCAUGUUAAAUUGGCUACAGACCCAGCUAAAGGCUGCUCAAAAUGGUGGAACACUUUCAAGUCACCAGGACUACGCCUCAGAACAGCAGGAACUGGUACGGGAGCUCAUCAGGACUCUGAAAUUUAAGGAAGAACUCCUGGAGGACUGUCUGACCUUGAUGUUGACACUGCCGCUGGCCUCGGAUUCAGACGGGGAUCUCAUCACAGAUUUCGUGGAGAAGUUGAAAGCGAGGGAGGAGCAGAUAAAGAAAGAAGGGGAGGAGCUAGCUGAGAGCAAGCGCCAAAGAGACGCAGAAGUCGCACGUUUACAGGAAGAGAUGAGAGCGAGGGAGGAGGACAUAACGCGGCUGACAAAGGUGCUCCGGGAGAAUCAGGACACCAUCACGGAUCUGCGUGACGUCCUGGGGGAAAAGGACUUCACCAUCCAGCAUCUGGAGGUGGCCCUGGACUCUGCCAUACGAUCAGCUGCAUCUCAGGACGCCCUGCGCCUGGCCGCUCUGCGGGAGAAGGACUCCCUGAUCACAGCAGUACAAGGAGCACUGAGCAGCAGCAAUCAAGAUGUGGAGGCCCUGGCGGACUCCCUGCUGUCUCAAGGACUGGAUGACUUCAGCGGCUCUCUCCCCGGUCUGUCUGCCCCUAACCCUCUGCUAGCCCAGCUACAAGAGAAGGGUUGCCUCCUGUCCCAGGCCCACGCCGACAGCCAGAAGCAGAGCGUCCAGCACCAGCGAGACAUCCAGGAUCUACUGAACGCUCUGAACGAGUGCCAGACGCUGCUCCAGGAACAGCUGCGGCACUGUAAAACCCGCCUGCAGGAUGCGGCGCAGGAGAAGAAGAUGCUGAAAGAGUCUCUGCUGGCAAAGGAAGCCGAGCUGAGAACCCAGAAACAGCGACACAACUCCGACCUGUGCCAGGCCCAGGCCGACCUGCUGCAGCUCCAUGACUCGGCCAGAGAGAGGGACCAGGCCACCAAGAAAAUGCUGCUAGAUACUCACAAUAGGGAUCAGACCAUCAAGGGACUUCAGGAGCGGCUGAUCCUGAGCUGUGGGAUGAGAGACACUCUGUAAGGUGAGAGAUCCUGGGACUAUUCUGCUGAGGACUCAUCAGUGCUAUGACCCGUUUCCAAUAUGGAUCAAGGAGCGACUCGCCAUCCUCAUCGUCGCCUGCCCAAGACGUGGUUGGGUUCUGAGUGGUACUGUGGCCUCAUCUCAUCUGCUAUUACAGGGGUGGGCAACCUCUGCACUCCAGCUGUGCUGAUACUACAAAUCCCA